AGCUCUACAGCUUUCUCCUACGUCUGACUCUGUCUGCUACCGUGGGCGUGUAAAUCCCGAAAACACAGGACAACUUCCUGAGGGAGGUGCAAUAGUGUUUUUUAGCAUUUUCUGUUGAAAAUGUCUUUCUCGAACAAAUACAUCUAUGCCACCCUACCUAAGACCAACCGAGGACAACCGAUAGUGCUCGGUGGGGAUCCUAAAGGGAAAAACUUCCUGUACACCAAUGGCAACAGCGUUAUCAUUCGAAACAUUGAUAACCCAGCCAUCUCAGAUGUGUACACUGAGCACUCUUGUGCAGUCAAUGUUGCCAAGUAUUCGCCAAGUGGAUUCUAUAUUGCGUCUGGAGACCAAUCGGGCAAAAUCAGAAUCUGGGACACGGUCAACAAGGAGCAUUUGCUGAAGAAUGAAUUCCAACCGAUUGGCGGCCCUAUUAAGGACAUUGCCUGGUCUCCAGACAAUCAAAGAAUGGUUGUCGUUGGAGAAGGACGGGAAAGGUUUGGACACGUCUUCAUGGCGGAAACCGGAACUUCCGUUGGAGAGAUCUCUGGCCAAUCAAAGCCAAUCAACUCGUGCGACUUCAAAUCUUCUCGUCCGUUUCGCAUCGUGACCGGCAGCGAGGACAACACCAUCGGUGUUUUUGAAGGUCCCCCAUUCAAGUUCAAGAUGACCAAGCAGGAGCACACUCGUUUCGUGCAGGCCGUCCGCUACUCCCCGAGCGGAAGUCACUUCGCCUCCGCAGGAUUCGAUGGAAAGGUUUUCAUCUACGAUGGAAACACUUCUGACCUGGUCGGAGAGGUGGGCAGCCCGGCCCACAAGGGUGGCGUCUACGGAGUGGCCUGGAGCCCUGACGGAAAGCAACUGCUCACCGCCUCAGGGGACAAGACCUGUUGUUUGUGGGACGUGGAAACCAGGAAGCCUGUCACUACGUUUGUUAUGGGCAACACUGUUGAAGACCAGCAGGUGUCGUGUCUGUGGCAAGGGCAACAUCUUCUGUCUGUGUCCCUCAGCGGAUUCAUUAACUACCUCGACGUGAACAAUCCCAGCAAGCCCCUCCGGAUCAUCAAAGGUCACAACAAGCCAAUCACCGUGCUUGAACUAAGCACUGACCGAAAGUCAAUUUACACUGGUUCUCAUGACGGAUUUGUCACUACCUGGGACGCUGCUACAGGCGAGAAUGACAGGGUGGUGGGAACCGGCCACGGCAACCAAAUUAAUGGAAUGCGUGCAACAGACACGACUCUGCUCACGUGUGGCAUUGACGACAGCCUGAAAACCAUCAGCCUGGACUCGAAGCAGUAUCUGCCUGCUGACGUCAAGCUGGGCAGCCAGCCCCGUGGAAUGGACGUCAAGGGCAGCGUGGCUGUCGUUGGCUGCAUCAAAGAGGUGUGCGUUGUCGAUGGCGGCCGCAAGGUGUCUUCGGUGCCGGUCAGCUACGAGCCCUCUUCUGUCUCCAUAAACCAGAGCAAUGGAGAUGUCGCCGUUGGUGGUUCAGCUGAUAAUUUGGUCCACAUUUACACACUGAAUGGCACCACUCUUGCCGAGAAGACGACGCUGGAGCACUUGGGCCCGGUUACAGACUGCUCUUAUUCCCCAGAUGGACAAUAUUUGGUUGCCUGUGAUGCCAACCGCAAAGUCAUCCUUUACAAGACUGAUGACUACAAACACGCGCACAACAAGGAGUGGGGAUUCCACACUGCCAGGGUGAACACAGUGGCGUGGUCGCCAGACUCGGCUUCCGUAGCCAGCGGUUCUCUCGAUACAACGAUCAUUGUCUGGAGCGUUUCUAAGCCAAACAAACAUCUCAUCAUCAAGAAUGCUCAUCCUCAGAGUCAAAUCACUCGUUUGGCAUGGCUGGACAACGAAACUAUUGUGUCAACUGGUCAGGACUGCAACACCAAGUUGUGGGCUGUCACGCCAUUCUAGGCUCUCAGAGUAUUCAAAUAUUUUUUUUAUCAUUGUGUAAACCUAGCAGAUAUAUUUUCGUGUUUUUCUACACUGAUUACGUCAUUUUGAUAAGAAUUUUGAGCAUGGAAAAGCAUUCUGAAAAAUGGCUUCAACCUAUUCAUGAUUGUCAACCUAACUGUAGUGCUAUACUUAUGAUGGAUAAUCACUUAACUUCGCCAAUCAAUGUCUGUUUCGUCAAUUUAACCAUGCUGCAUUAUUUUUAAUCCAAAGAGUGAGCAUUGCAAACGUUUCAUUUUCAUUGUCUUCCAAAAAUGGAUGCGUAUUUUUAUAAGUAUGGAAAUUGGCGAUUUUCUUAUCUCAGAUUUCUGCAUUUUGCUGUCUAAACUUGCAGCAUUGAUUUUCAUACUUUUCUAUUAUACAAAACCACAAAAAUCUGUUAACCUUGCUUUAAUAAUGUAUAAUAUUUGUUACCAGCUUUUAAUCUAUCCUGAAUUUAUUUAAUUUGAGUUAUGAUUGCGUUGAAACUGUAAUUAGUGCGUUUAAGUUAUUAAAAAGUAUGGUUCCAAUUUCA